AUGAAAGAAUUUUUUGAAGCUGAAGUUCAGCCGUCAGCAAGACUUACCCUUUAUGUUGAAACUUCUCGUUUAAUCGUAAACGAGAUACUAAGCUUACUGCGAAUAUUUGGAGAAAUGGUAACACAUAAGUGGUGUUUGGUGCAAGUUUGUGACUCAAUUGAACGGUUAUCGGCAGGCAAGUUUGAGCAAUUUGGUGAUGAAGCUUUUGGCCAGUGGAAGACGUCGGUAUGA